AGAAUUUAUUGGGUGUUGUGUGAUGGAGGGGAGCCAAACCGGUCCUUUGUGAAGCUUCUAGACUCCAAGGUAAAACAACGAAAAUACAAUGAAAUCAGAUCCAAGUGAAGACAACCUGCCUAAAAAAUCUUCCAUAACCUAGAGAGCUUUAAUAACUUAUAGACAGUUUUAAUUCAAACACAGUAUUAAAUAAAUUUUUGUCUUCCCUUUAUAGCAUAACUUCAAGAAAAUAAGGAAUCACCUCGAAAAAAGUACCCUGCAAUCAAACAAUACAAGGCAAUUGACAGUGAACAAUUUAAGAAUACUCUUUAAGUUCUGGAAGGAUGCCUAUGAAUGGGACCAAGGAAGCCACCCCCUUUCUCUGCAUGAGAGAUUAACAGAUGGACACGUCUAG